AGUCUUCAAGGUUAUUUCAAUGUACUUUAAAAAUUCAUUGAGUCAGUGUUCGUGAAGUUGUAAGUUAAAAAAAAAUGGAAUUUAUUGCGGAUUUAAAAACAAUAGCAAUCAACGAAGGUAUAAAAAAUCCUGUAAUUACAAUAAAUCAAACAUCAAAAACCGGCGAAGGCUUUCUGGGAACAUAUUACAUCGUUAACAUUCAUGGCACAGAAACAAGGUUGAGUUUAUUUUUAAAACGCCCCCCUAAAAGUAAUGAUGAAGUUGUAAAAGAAUCUAUGAGAAAAAUUCAUUUAAACGAAUACCUAUUUUAUGAAAACAUUUAUCCAGAAUUUAUUAAAUUUGAAUUUGUUAGAAACGAAGAUAAUUACUUUAAAUCAGUUCCAAAAUGUUACAAAAUCAUUUCGAAUAAAAAUAGAGAAGUUAUGAUCUUGGAAAAUUUGAGAGCAAAUGGUUUUCGGAGUUACAACAGAAGACAACCAUUCGAUGACAAUCAUUUAGAAUUAAUUUUAGAUGAAUUGGCUCAUUUUCAUGCUGUUUCAUUUGCGUUUAAAGACCAAAAACCCGAUCGGUUUAAGGAAAUCGUCAAAAACGUUUCUUGGGCUGCUUCUGAAACUAUUAAAGAAGAUUAUCUAGAAACCGUAUGGUUCUUAUCGAAGAAUGUACUUGAAAAAUUGGACUCAAACACUUUUUUUGGAUAUGAAGUAUUUAAAUCGCACGUCGAUUCAAUAAAAGAAUUCUUAUCGUUCCUGGAUAAUUUUGAUGGCCGUUUUAAUGUUCUUAAUCAUGGUGAUUUAACACUUAACAACAUUUUAUUUGGAUAUAACGAAGACGAUGACGACAACCCUAUAAGAGUUUCAUUUCUUGAUUGGCAAUUAACAAAAGUAACUUCACCAGUAAUCGACCUUUCUUAUUUAAUUUACGGAACUUGUGAAUUAAAACAAAUGGAAAAAAUCGAUUAUUUCUUGAAUUUUUAUUACAACAAACUCGGUUUUUACAUCAACUUACUUGGUAGUGAUUUAAGUAUGUUGUACCCAAAAGACGAUUUUGAUGAGGAAUGGAGGAAGUUUUCCAGAUAUGGACUGGCAUUGUCUACGAUAGUCAUUAAAUUAACAUUUACUGAUCCCGAUGAUGUCCCAUUAAAUAACAGCGAGAAAAAAACAAUGCUCGAAAGUUUAUCUUACAAAAUUAAAAACGAAAAAAAAUAUAUCGAAAGAAUUAAAUGUGUUAUUAAUCAUUUUAUUGAAAAGAAAUAUUUAUAAAGUCAAUAUUCGCUAUAAUCGUUAAUAAAUGCAUCUUCAUUCCAAAGAGGUAGACGAUGUGACGGAGGCUUAUUACGAAUGGGGAAUCUAAUUUGACGACCAAUAUGAGCAGUUCUACGAUUUCCAAAUGGUGUAUAUUCGUGCCAAAACGAGGGUGGCAUUAAAAUUUCCUCGCUGCUUUUAGCUACCGUAAUUUUUGAUUUUUCAUUAAAUACUUCGCCGGUUUUCAUCGACCAUCCUUCCUUAUUUGUUGCUGAAAAUACAGUUGUUAGUGUAACGAAGAAAAAAAUAAAAAUCUAAAAGAAAA